CAAAAACCCAGCCAGGGGUUUUACUUCUCUUCCCUCCUCUCCUCUCUUCUCCGUCGCCGUCUCUCAGCUGAGUCAGUUUCUCUCUCUCUCUCUCUCUCUCUCUCUCUGGUGGGAGAAAACGACAACAAGAAAUGGGGUCCUCGGAUAUCAGAGACCUCUUGACGGCGUUUAGUCCUUCCAUGGACUUGUUCGCCAUCAGCGCCGGGGAUGGUCGAAUUAAGAUAUGGGACACAGUGAAGGGUCAAGUCCAGACCGAAUUCACGGACAUGGUAGGAUCAGAAGAGACGAGCUUAUUGGCGAAACCAGAAAGAGAAAGAGGACACCUUUCUGUUGAUUAUACGUGCAUGAAGUGGUUCUCUUUGGAAAGAAAGAAGAAAAGGAAGCUCGGGAGCUCAUUGUUGAUUCUAGGGACAGGAAGCGGCGACGUUUUGGCACUUGAUGUGUCUGCUGGGCAGUUGAAGUGGAGAGUUAGUGAUUGCCAUCCUGGGGGUGUUAGUGCCAUAUCGUUUUCUAGAAACGUUUCGUGUAUUUACACGGCAGGUUCAGAUGGGAUGGUGUGUCAAAUUGAUCCCUUGACAGGAAACCUGUUGGGGAAGUUCAAAGCUUCCACAAAAGCUUUAUCCUCUAUGUCUGUUUCUCCUGAUGGAAGUGUAAUAGCAACUGCAGCUGGGCAAUUGAAGACAUUUGGUUCUUCUGAUCACAAAAAGAUGCAGAAGUUCUCUGGGCAUCCAGGACCUGUUCGCUGUUUGAUAUUUAGUGAAGAUGGAAAAUACAUUCUUUCAUCUGCAGUCAGUGAAAGAUACAUUGCAGUUUGGAGUGUUGGUGGCAGCAAAAAUCAAUCAGCAAGUUGCGUUCUCGCUAUGGAGCACCCUGCCGUCUUCAUAGAUAGCAGGUGUGUGAACAGUGGAGAUGACGAUGCUGGUCUAUACAUAUUGGCCAUAUCGGAAAAUGGUGUUUCUUACUUUUGGUUUGGACAAAAUAUUGAGCAAUUACGGAAUGCGAAGCCUACAAAAAUAUCAAUAUCAUAUGAAGAAAUUUCCUCUAAAAGUUACAAGGGUGCAUUGCCUACCAUAUUCGCCGCAAUACUGCAAGGUUCUUGAACUCGCUUCAGACCUGCUUCAGGGCAGGUGUUUGUUGCUUAUGGAUCACUAGUUAAGCCAUCAUUUCAGAAAAUCUUGGUGUGUUACGGCACAGACAUCAAAUUGAGCAGCUCUAGUGAUGGGGUCCUUUUGCCAUUGACCCAAUCACUCGUCAAAUCUAAGAAAGGACGAGAUGUGAAAAGUGGAGUUGUCGCCCUGGACCGUGCAAAUGCUGAGGACGCUCUACUUCCUAUUCCCAAGGUUUUUGAGGGAAGGAAUAGAAACGAAACUUUGGGUGUUGACGAUGGUGAGAGAAUGGCAGAUGGGCUUGUGAAGAGCAAAGAUGACAUUGCAGUAAUGGAAGUUGAUACCGAAGUAAUCUGCAUGGAGGACCGGCUGAGAUCAUUAGGACUACUUAGCGAAACAGAUGAUACUACAUCAAAGUCCAUGAAAAACUCUGCAGUACUUGAGGGCAUUAACCUUGAAGCGCUGAUGCCACAAAAGAAGAUGAAGGCAGCUGUGUUGUCGAAAGUACCUACCGAUGCUUACAAGUUACUCAGAGUCUUGUUGACUAUGUGGCAGUCAGGGUUGUAUAAUGGAAAGACUGUUAUACCAUGGAUCUAUAGCAUAUUGGUUUAUCAUAGUCGCCAUCUCAUGUCUGAAGAAUCAGCGACUCAGACGCUUAAUUCCUUGAUCAAGGUUUGCAAAUCUAGAGGGGCAGCUAUCGAACCUUUGUUACAAUUGUCGGGUCGUUUGCAACUCGUGAUAGCACAGAUUAACAAAGCAGCACAUCCAGAAACACCAUUAACACGAGAAGAAAACCAGAAUGAUGACAGCGACGAUGACGGAAAUGAAGAAGUAGAUGACGUUCUUUACAAGGAAGAAGAUAGUGAAUCUGAAAUAAGCAGUGAAGAUGACUAGUUAAAGAAGUUUCACGAGGACGCCUUCGUUUCGGGUUUUAAGAAAGGUUCUAAUAGCGAGCUUGCCUGCAACUAAGCUUCUGAACGUGCGGUUUAGCUGGUUGUUCGUUCUCAUCGAGUACGUAGCCUACAAUUUUGUUUAGCUUCCUCUUCUCAUGGAUAAGAUAUUGGAUUUUGCUAAUUCAGAUAAAUUACAGUUUUGUUUUCUGUUCUAUAUUUGGCUGUAAUGUAAUUCUUAAAUAGGUCUAUUGGUGUAUAUUAUUUGUUGAAGAACAAGCAAUUUUUGAAGAAACUUGUGC